CCCUCACCUGUUUCAACCAUCCUUUCCUAACUCCUCGGUUGGGCGAUGUUACCACUGAUAUCCUAAGACAACUUCUCCCUCGACUUCUCCGCCCCUCUCUCUCUUCUACUUGUAUAUUUCAUUCCGAAGGGCCCAUUUCUAUCUCUUCAUACAAUUUCGGCGUUAGAAGGGAGAGAGAGAGAGUGUGUGUUUUCCAUUUCCUAUAUCUCCGUCGAUGGCUUCUUCUAUUAUUUCCAAAAUCUCCAAUUCCCCCACUCUCUCCUUCUCUUCCUCUCUCUCCACCCCCAUCCCAUGGCCCACCCGGCGCUCUGUUCAGCCCCGCCGCCCAGUCCUGACAGUCCGCGCCAAGAUCCGCGAGAUCUUCAUGCCCGCCCUCAGCUCCACCAUGACCGAGGGCAAGAUCGUCUCCUGGAUCAAAGCCGAGGGUGAUAUACUCUCCAAGGGCGAGAGUGUCGUCGUUGUCGAGUCCGACAAGGCCGACAUGGACGUUGAGACCUUCUACGACGGCAUCCUCGCCGCUAUCGUUGUCCCUGCAGGUGAGACGGCCCCCGUUGGGGCCCCCAUCGGCCUUCUCGCCGAAUCUGAGGACGAGAUUGCAGAAGCUAAAGCCAAGGCUUCUUCCUCUUCGAAAGCCCCGGCCUCAUCUCCUACUCCACCACCACCACCACCUCCUGCUCCUUCGAGUUCUCCUCCACCUGCUGCGACGGUUGCUACUCAGUCCGUCCCUGACGGACCAAGGAAAACCGUCGCAACUCCUUAUGCGAAGAAGCUUGCAAAGCAGCAUAAGGUCGAUAUCGGAUCAGUUGUCGGGACAGGGCCGUAUGGACGGAUAACUGCUUUGGAUAUUGAAGCUGCUGCUGGAAUUAAGCCAGCAGCGAGUAGUGACAAUGUAGGUUAUUUAAAGCCUGCUCCUGCUCCUGCUCCUGCUGCUGCAACUGCUUUGCCUCCUAAAGCUGCUGCUGCUGCUCUCCCACAAAUUCCCGGUUCGACUGUCGUCCCUUUCACAACCAUGCAGGCUGCGGUGUCAAAAAACAUGUUGGAGAGCCUCUCAGUGCCAACAUUCCGCGUUGGCUAUCCUAUAAUGACUGAUGCUCUCGAUGCGCUCUAUGAGAAGGUGAAGUCGAAGGGUGUCACCAUGACUGUUCUGUUGGCAAAGGCCACAGCAAUGGCGCUGGCACAACAUCCUGUUGUGAAUGCGAGCUGCAAGGAUGGGAAGAGUUUCACAUACAAUAGCAAUGUAAAUAUUGCAGUGGCAGUGGCUAUUGAUGGUGGCCUCAUAACCCCUGUUCUUCAGGAUGCAGAUAAGUUGGAUCUUUAUUUGCUAUCUCAAAAAUGGAGAGAGCUGGUAGACAAGGCUCGAGCAAAACAACUUCAGCCUCAUGAGUAUAAUUCAGGGACGUUUACUCUGUCCAAUCUGGGCAUGUUUGGGGUGGACAGAUUUGAUGCUAUCCUUCCCCCAGGCCAAGGGGCUAUCAUGGCUGUAGGGGCAUCAAAGCCUACUGUUGUGGCCGAUGGGGAUGGAUUCUUCAGCGUUAAGAGUAAAAUGCAGGUGAAUGUUACAGCCGAUCACCGAAUAGUCUAUGGUGCUGAUUUGGCAGCGUUCCUUCAGACCUUUGCGAAGAUUAUUCAGAACCCAGAGAGCCUAACAUUGUAGACAGACGUGGGUAUUAUGAUGAUGAUCUUGUGGCUGUCAUUUUCAUUGUGGGAAGGAAAGCUUGAUGGAGAUAUACUAAUGCACAAACGGAAAGCGGCUGCUGAGGACAUUGGUUUUGCAGUAGAGUAGGAAAUUCCAAAUGUCUUAUUUUCUUAUUAUCUUGUUUGAGGGCCCAAAUUAUCAGAUUUGUUUUGCAGAAAAACUUGACAGUUCCAAGCAAAUAGUUUAUUUCCAGCUUACUAUGAGAAGGGAAAAUAUUUCCAGCAAGAAAUAGAGGUGACCUGUUGAUUAUGGGAAAAAAACCAUAGACAAUGUGCCAUAUCCUGUCCCAUGUGGUUUACUUUACACAAAUUGUCAAGAAGACACUGAA